AUGGCAGAUCUUCCUGCAUAUAGAACUCAACUGGUGCGAGCAUUUUUACAAGUUGGCACCGAUUUCGGCGGACCUUUUCUUGUGAAAGAAACUGCCUUUGAUCGAUUUGUAUCACGACGUGGCCUUCCUCAAACCAUUUAUUCCGAUUGCGGACGAAACUAUAUUGGAGCAGCAAACCAUUUAAAGGAAAUAACCAGAUUUUUACAUGAACAUAAGGAUCAAAUUUUUUCCUCCUUGUCGGCCAAACAAAUAAACUGGAAUUUCAACCCUCCCACUGCAUCCAACUUCGGCGGAAUUUGGGAGGCUGGAAUAAAAUCCGCUAAAAACCUCCUGAAGCGACUUAUCAAAGAUACAGCACACACCUUCGAGGAAUAUACAACUUUAUUCGCUCGUAUAGAAGCCACAUUGAACAGCCGACCAUUAUGUUCAGUUUCUUUCGACCCCAUGGAAAACAUUGAUUAUUUGAGUCCUGGACAUUUCCUUAUAGGAUCACCGCUACUUUCUCCUCCCGAACCCGAUAUACCAGGAAACAUAACUUUUAAAUGCCGUUGGCAGCGCCUUCGUCAACUUUUCCAACAGUUUUGGCGUCGUUGGACGCAAGAAUACCUACAUACACAAACUCAAAGGCGCAAAUGGCACCGUAGUGCACCUAACAUUCAAGAAGGUGACGUCGUCUUCAUGUGUGGAAUCAAUACUCAUCCAUUAUCAUGGCCUAUUGGUCGUGUUGAAACAGUCCUGCCUGGACCCGACGGAGUUGUCCGGGUCGUGAGAGUUAGGACUGCUUCAGGACAAUAUAUUCGUCCCGUUAACAAACUCGUGACUUUACCCCCUCAGUAA